AUGGAAAACCAGUACUUUCUGAAUGCUGGGGUGUCACAGACACAGCACCCUCUUCACUUUGAACCUUCACCACCACCUUCUUCAGUGCCCUCUUGGCAAUCACUCUCACCCACCAUGGGAAUUCAACCAACAGUUCUGAAUUGUGCCUCUGAGCAAACCCAGGAUUGCUUUUACAACCCCAAUUGGGACAACUCAACAGAUCAUGGACUUCCUCACUUUGAUUCCUCGGCACUGAGUUCAAUGGUCUCAUCCCCUGCAGGAUCAUCCAACCCCAGCAACAACAACAACAACAUGUGCAAUGAGAAUUUCAUCAUCAGGGAAUUGGUGGGGAAAUUGGGAGCUACUGGGAGCUCUGAUGAGAUCCCACAACACUCUCCUCACCCGUUGGUUGUGGCAUCUUCUUACAUGAAUAAUGGGAGUAGCAGCCCCAACACCUCAUGUUACACCACCCCUUUGAGUUCCCCUCCGAAGGUGAACUCUGUCCACAGUUUGGUGAAUGAGAGGUUGGCAAAUUUGGGAGGAAAGUCAAUGGCUUUGAAUUCCAGUGUGGCUGAAUUCUCGGCUGACCCUGGCUUUGCUGAGAGGGCUGCAAAGUUUUCUUGCUUUGGCAGCAGGAGUUUUAAUGAUAGGAGUGUCCAAUUGGGGGUGAACAACGGUGAAUUGGCUCAGAGAUCUACACCAGUAGUGGAAAAUGGCGGAAAGUUAUCUAGAAUCUCAAGUAGUCCAUUGCUCAAAACACUUGGAUCUCAAAUGGGUUCCCAAGAGAACAAGAAUUCUGCAACUCAGGAGCAAGAGAAAAUGGAAGUGGCCAAUUCUCAAGAGGAAUCUACAAUAUCCGAGCAAACACCAACUGGAGAAAUUGGGAUGAAAAUUUGCCAAGAUAUGACGAGUUCCAGGAAAAGAAAAGCAUCUUCCAAAGGAAAAACCAAAGAAAACUCUAUUAAUCCCACCAUGGGAGUUGAUGUAAGUGAGAAUUCAAAUUCAAAGCGUACCAAGCCAAAUGAAGGUGAAGGAAAUGAAAAUGAGCCAAUGAAGGCUGAGGAAGAGUCCAAAGCAGUGGAAGAGAAACAAAACAAAAGCAACUCAAAACCUCCUGAGCCACCAAAAGAUUACAUUCAUGUAAGAGCAAGAAGAGGCCAAGCCACUGACAGCCAUAGUCUUGCAGAACGUGUACGGAGGGAGAAAAUCAGUGAGAGGAUGAAGCUGCUCCAAGAUCUUGUACCAGGUUGCAAUAAGGUCACUGGCAAAGCACUUAUGCUAGAUGAAAUUAUAAACUAUGUUCAGUCAUUGCAGCGUCAAGUAGAGUUCCUGUCUAUGAAGUUGGCUUCUGUUAACACAAGGAUGGAUCUAAGUAUUGAGAGUCUUGUUUCAAAAGAUGUAUAUCAGUCUAAUAAUUCUUUGGCACCAAACCCAAAUCCAAUAUUCCCAUUAGAUUCCUCAGCACAAGCCUUUUAUGGGCACCAGCCUCAGCAGAACCCAGUUAUCCAUAAUAACAUACCUAACAGAACGGUGACCCACUGCUCAGUGGACCCGUUAGAUACUUCCUUGUGCCAAAAUCUUGCCAUGCAAUUACCCCCCCUAAAUGGGUUUAAUGAAGGUGGCUCUCAGUUUCCAUUAACAUUCUGUGAGGAUGAUCUGCACACCAUUGUGCAGAUGGGAUUUGGCCAAACUGCAAACUGGAAAACACCAAUACAAUCCCCAAGUUUCAACGGUUCAAAUAAUGUACCCCAGAUGAAAGUUGAGCUCUGA